CUCGACCGAGUCUGACAAUGCAACGCAUAAGCGGUCAAUAAGGUGUGUCAAAAAAUUGUCAAGCGUGUUGUCAGACCGUAGCAGCGACCAGGUCGACCCUGCUUGGGUCCCGGCCAUCGCCUCUGCCACGCCCCCGCCUUACCCCUAUUGUUUCAUCCCCUGUUAAAGCAUGCCGGAGCCACCUUCGAAACGUGGACUCCAGCAUCCGACCUGCAGUUUUCAGCACGGCACCUCUGUCCUUUCUCUCAUCUACCCUACACUACCUGCCACCUCUAGAGCACAGUGCACCGACCACCAGUUCGACUCUCAGUAUCAUACUACGCGACGCACUCGUCUUUAAUUGCACAGCCAUCUACGAUCUCAUACCACCGAUCCUGCCAUUAUCAUGUCUGGACGGUACGACACGUACGACAUGCCCCCGCACACUUGCAACACUCUCGACCACUGCCAGCGUGCGCGCCUCAUACGUUCCACGCGCAAGCUCGGCGCAGUGCUCGGUACCACUCCUCGCUUCGCAGAAGCGGACGAGUGCCCUCUCCAGACGCAGACGACAAGCAAGAAAACGAAGGCAGCACGUCGCCAUGCAUCUGUCUUCACACUCUUCCCCGAGAUAGCGUCAUUUUCAGAACUCGUUUCACGCAAGGAGUCCACGUACUCCACGUCGUCAUCCAACUCCUCCCUCCUUUCCUUGAUGCAAGAGUCUCGUCCCAGUCUGGACGUAUGCCCUACGCCGAAAUCCUUGAAAGGACGUCGUUCUGCGGAGGGCCCGCGUCCGCUCGUGCUCCGUAUCAACACUGUCCCCGUCUCCCACGUCGACACUCGCGUCCCGCUGUCGUCAUGCGCUGGCGCCGUCCCGAUCACACCUACCUGCUCUGACGGGCCUCAGCUGCCCUCAGACGCCGAGGUCCGCCGCAGGCGCAUGGCGAAGCUCAAGCGCACACUUGGCGAGAACAUCCCACCCGAGAUGGUCUUCGCGUCUCUGCACGCCGAGCAGGCUCCCUCUGUCACCGCCACACCCCCUCCAAAGCGCUCUUCCGAGGUGUGGGUCACUGCCGACAGAAACGGCACAUGGGUGGGAGAGUGGAACAGGAGUGAUAUCGGCGAGGUGCAGAGACAGCUGAGGAACCUCAGGGCACGGUGAUGACAUCUUUUACGCUUGGUAUGGGCAUGCCGGCCGCUUUCACGAUUAAGCUUAAUUUUAUGAUAUAUGUAGUUGCACUCGUCGUCUGGCUCAUCUGCCCUGUCUCCUUCAUGUUGUACUCGCACCGUUCUCAUCUCACUUGGAUUCUGCUUGGACUCUGUAAUUGUCAAUGUAGUGCUUUGAUGACUUGCUUCAUACAUACCUGUAGUCAGUACCAUACUAAUACCUAAUCAUAGCUGCACUGUGUGCAGAUCUCACAUCAUGAU